AUGUCCGACAAUCUCUCUGAAGCGGAUAAGUCCGAAGGGAAGCGGAUCAAGAUCACACCAGCCGUCUCGAAUAUCACAGGCCCCGAUCGGUCACAAUCGGUCACCCCAGUUUCAGGCACCCCACCGCCGCCGAGGGCAGAAGAGAGUAUUGAGGCGUUCGAGGAUCGCACACUGAGUGCUGUGUUCAAGCUGACAUUGAAGGAGGACCGCCAACGCGAUAUCCAUGGACAAAGAUUGACUUACCUCUCGGGCCUCAAGAGUGAACUCGAGGAGCAAGGUCGCGACCUUCGUAUUGAGACAGCUGUCCUAGACCAGGCUCUUCUGGAAGCUGCCUCGAAUGCCCCCCAGCAGAAGCCCUUGGAUUAUCUGUUACCGUGCUGGCGGAGGAUAUCAAGGCUGCACAAGGGAUUCCGUCGUGCUCGCGAAGAUGACCCGAAGUUCAAAGUCAUAUGCGAGGCCCGGCGCCUUUGCUUGAGUUAUUGCAUGUUUGCAAUUACAAUGCCAGAGAUGUUUGGUGAGGCUGUCAAAAGGUUUGAAGAGGAUGAGAACAUCAAGCCAGCAUUCAUUGCAGCGGUAGAGGAAAUGAGCAAGGAUCUUGCGGCCAUGACUAUCAAUGAUGAUUACAAGCCCUACGUAACAGCCCUGCGGAACCUUGUCCGCCACGCAGUUGUAGGUGCUGCGAUCACAGAGUCGUCCUUGUUCAAUGAAUCUCGGGAGCCUGCCACGUUUGAGAAGGACACGUUACUCGGACCCUGGUUCCGUCUAUCGCCUUUGCAAGGUGCAGUGACUAUGACCUAUUUCUCAAGCCCUAAGACGAGGGACCAGGGCUAUAUCCUGAACGCACAGCGCUCACAGCGGAUGAUGCAGCAGAUGCUGAGUUCAGAUCUCUUCGACAUAAUCAACCAUCUGAUUCGUGCAUCGAAAGACGCGCGUGAGAGAGUUUUGGACUGGUUCGCCGCAGCUCUGAACAUUAACCACAAGCGACGCGCUAUGCAGGUUGAUCCCAAUACUGUGUCCUCGGAUGGUUUCAUGUUCAAUCUCACGACGUGUUUGGACCACCUCUGUGAGCCUUUUAUGGAUGCCAACUUUACCAAGAUUGACAGGAUUGAUGCAGGGUAUUUGCAUCGGAACCCUCGAGUUGAUCUGAAAGAUGAGACCAAAAUCAACGCCGAUCAGCACGCGUCUGAUGCGUUCUAUGCUAAGAAGGUUGAUGGGACCUCUAACUUUAUCACGGAGAUCUUCUUCCUCACAGUCGCUGCUCACCACUAUGGUAGCGAAUCACUGACCUCGAAGUUGGAUCAACUGGAGAAGGACCUCCGACACCUGGAGAAUACAAUCAACAAAUUCGAGCAAGAACGGCACAAGUGGAGCAACAACCCAAUGCAACUUAGGGUCUUUGAGCAGGCCUUAAAGAAGUACAAGGACAAGCUGGAUUUGGGUCUCGCCUUGAAGUACAGUCUUCAAGGUGUGUUGUUCGACGACCAGUGGCAAGCCCGUUCCAUGCUGUUCAUGCGCUAUGUUAUUGUUUUCCUCUUGAGACUUGUGUCUGGCAAGAACUUCCCCCAAGAGCCCAUUCAGUUGCCUCUGCCCGCGGAGCAGCAAGAAGUUUGGAAGUGUCUUCCUGAGUACUUUGUGGACGACAUUGUGAGCAAUUUCAAAUUCAUCAUGUGGUGCAUGCCUCAAAUCAUUACCGCCACGCAAGGUGACGAAUUGGUAAUGCUCUGCAUAGCCUUUUUGGAAAGCACUAGCUAUAUCAAGAACCCGUAUUUGAAGGCCGGUCUUGUCUCUAUUCUCUUCCGAGGAACAUGGCCUCGCCCUGGCGGUGCGCGGGGCGUGCUGGUGGACCUCUUAAACUCCAUGCCCUUUGCCAACGAGUAUUUGCUGCAUGCUCUUAUGAAGUUCUACAUUGAAGCUGAGCACACUGGCACCCAUACCCAGUUUUUUGACAAGUUCAACAUCCGUUUUGAGAUCUUCCAGAUCAUCAAAUGCAUCUGGCCCAAUACCCUAUACCGUGCCAAGCUUUCUAACCAGGCCAAGCGGAAUCUGGACUUCUUCGUGCGCUUCGUGAACCUGCUCCUCAACGAUGUGACUUUCGUGCUUGACGAGUCGUUUGGUGCCUUCAUCACUAUCCAUAAAACUCAGACGGAACUGCGUAACGGGGCGGGCAUGGAUCCCACCGUGCGACAGCAGAAGGAGGAACAACUUGCCUCUGCUCAACGCAAUGCGAAGUCUUACAUGCAAUUGACCAAUGAAACAGUGGCCAUGCUUAAGCUCUUCACCGAAGCUCUGGCUGAUUCAUUCACCAUGCCGGAAAUUGUGCAAAGGCUGGCAGACAUGCUUGAUUACAAUCUGGAUGCUAUGGUGGGCCCCAAGAGCUCCAGUCUCCGGGUUGACAACCUGCAGGAGUACGGGUUCAAUCCUCGAGCCUUGUUGAGCGAGAUCGUCGAUGUGUACCUGAACUUGAUGAACAAGGAGAAUUUCAUUGUGGCCGUUGCUCGGGAUGGACGGUCCUACAAGCCAGCCAACUUCGAAAAGGCCGCGGAGAUCCUGCGGAAGUGGUCCCUCAAGUCUCCCGAGGAGCUCAAGCGGUGGGAGCAGCUACAGCGCCGGGUGCGAGAAGCCAAGGAGGCCGACGAACAAGCAGAGGAGGACCUCGGAGAGGUCCCUGACGAAUUUUUAGAUCCUCUUAUGUAUACACUGAUGGAAGAUCCUGUGAUUCUUCCUGGGUCGAGAGUGUCUAUCGAUCGCUCUACCAUCCGGUCUCAUCUUCUGAGUGACCCUCAUGAUCCGUUCAACCGAGCUCCCCUCAAGAUGGAAGAUGUCACCCCUGAUACGGAGCUCAAGGGGAAGAUUGAAGCAUUUAAAGCGGAGCGAAUGGCAGCGCGCAGAAAUCCAGCGACGCAAAGUGCACCGGAGACGAUGGACACGUCUGCUGACUGA